AUGUCUAACCCUUUGCGUAUCUUUGUUCCUGUCAAGCGUGUCGUUGACUAUGCUGUCAAGGUUCGUGUUAACCCUGCCAAAACUGAUGUCGAUCGCAACGUAAAGCACAGCAUGAAUCCCUUUGAUGAGAUUGCUGUUGAGGAAGCUGUGCGUAUCAAGGAGAAGGCUCCCAAGACUGAGGUUGUUGCCAUCUCUUGCGGUACUGCCAAGGCUCAAGAAACUUUGAGAACUGCUUUAGCAAUGGGUGCUGAUCGUGCUGUCCAUGUCGAAGUCAAGGAUGAUAGCACACUUCAACCUUUAGCUGUUGCUAAAUUAUUAAAGGCAUAUGCUGACAAGGAAGCCAACAAGCCUGAUCUCUUCAUUUUGGGUAAGCAAGCUAUUGAUGAUGAUGCCAAUCAAACUGGACAAAUGCUCGCUGGUUUGCUCAACUGGCCUCAGACUACCUUUGCUUCCAAGGUGGAGAUUAAUGGACAAGAUCUUAAGGUUGUCCGUGAGAUCGAUGGUGGUCUUGAGACUGUCCAAACCAAGUUGCCUGCUAUUGUCACUACUGAUUUGCGUCUCAACGAACCUCGUUAUGCCUCUCUUCCCAACAUCAUGAAGGCCAAGAAGAAGCCUUUGGUCAAGUUGACUCCUGAAGAUCUCGGUAUUGAUAUUUCACCUCGUAUUGAGACAUUAAAGGUAGAGGAACCUCCUAAGCGUGUUGGUGGCCGUAAGGUUGAAAGCGUUGAUGAAUUGGUUGACAAGUUGCGUAAUGAAGCCAAGGUCUUGUAA